AUGACCCACGAAGCAGAUUUUGCAGCUUCUGAACGAAAAGAAGUCUUAGUAUCCCUGAAACGGAAAGCUGCAGAUCAACCCCUUUCGGCGACGCAGAACCUCAUUUCAGAAGCCCUGGUAGAGACAUCGCCUGCAGUUAACCAUACUCCAGCUAACCAGGAGGCUACUACCGCGGAGAAACACAAGACUGCAGUUAACCAUACUCCAGCUAAACAGGAGGCUACUACCUCGGAGAAACACAAGACUGCAGUUAACCAUACUCCAGCUAAACAGGAGGCUACUACCUCGGAGAAACACAAGACUGCAGUUAACCACACUCCAGCUAACCAGGAGGCUACUACCCCGGAGAAACACAAGACUGCAGAGGCUACUACCUCGGAGAAACACAAGACUGCAGUUAACCACACUCCAGCUAAGCAGGAGGCUACUACCUCGGAGAAACACAAGACUGCAGUUAACCACACUCCAGCUAACCAGGAGGCUACUACCUCGGAGAAACACAAGACUGCAGUUAACCAUACUCCAGCUAAACAGGAGGCUACUACCUCGGAGAAACACAAGACUGCAGUUAACCACACUCCAGCUAACCUACUACCUCGGAGAAACACAAGACUGCAGUUAACCACACUCCAGCUAAACAGGAGGCUACUACCUCGGAGAAACACAAGACUGCAGUUAACCACACUCCAGCUAAACAGGAGGCUACUACCUCGGAGAAACACAAGACUGGUAACAACAUUAGUUACCAUGGUAACUGCAGUUAACCAUACUCCAGCUAAACAGGAGGCUUCUACCUCGGAGAAACACAAGACUGCAGUUAACCACACUCCAGCUAAGCAGGAGGCUACUACCUCGGAGAAACACAAGACUGCAGAGGCUACUACCUCGGAGAAACACAAGACUGCAGUUAACCACACUCCAGCUAAGCAGGAGGCUACUACCUCGGAGAAACACAAGACUGCAGUUAACCACACUCCAGCUAACCAGGAGGCUACUACCUCGGAGAAACACAAGACUGCAGUUAACCAUACUCCAGCUAAACAGGAGGCUACUACCUCGGAGAAACACAAGACUGCAGUUAACCACACUCCAGCUAACCAGGAGGCUACUACCUCGGAGAAACACAAGACUGCAGUUAACCACACUCCAGCUAAACAGGAGGCUACUACCUCGGAGAAACACAAGACUGCUAACCAGGAGGCUACUACCUCGGAGAAACACAAGACUGCAGUUAACCAUACUCCAGCUAAACAGGAGGCUACUACCUCGGAGAAACACAAGACUGCAGUUAACCAUACUCCAGCUAACCAGGAGGCUACUACCCCGGAGAAACACAAGACUGCAGUUAAUCAUACUCCAGCUAACCAGGAGGCUACUACCUCGGAGAAACACAAGACUGCUAACCAGGAGGCUACUACCUCGGAGAAACACAAGACUGCAGUUAACCAUACUCCAGCUAAACAGGAGGCUACUACCUCGGAGAAACACAAGACUGCUAACCAGGAGGCUACUACCUCGGAGAAACACAAGACUGCAGUUAACCAUACUCCAGCUAACCAGGAGGCUACUACCUCGGAGAAACACAAGACGAACCAUUGGAUCUGGAAGAUUACAUUCUACGAUCGGGGCCUCAUUUCAUUAUCUGUUGUUGUCCCGAACAAUGCUAACGGCGAGUACAUCCGGGUCAUAUGCAAUAAGAACAUCUACAUGACGGGUUAUGAUCCGGUGGAGGGCUUCCUUAGUCCGAAGCACUCCUUCAAAGUUGAACUCGAACAAGGAGAGAAAUCUGGUCAGAUGAUGGUUACGGAUGCAGAUUUUUACCACUGCUACACAUGUGGGCUUAUCCCAUGGGAUAACGACGAAGAUGUUGCGGAGGGUUUGGCUAUGUUUUGA